AAAUCCACCGAGUUUAUGCAUAUCUCAUCAGAGUAUGUGCAUUAUACCAUUACUGAAAACCUGUACAUAUUAGAUCAUAAAUAAUUUCGAGACAUACACUGUAUCCCUUCUCUCUCCAUCCCUGUCUGUAUUACAAGGGUCACCUGGAAGGAGAGCAACCCAUCCUAAAGCACCACUGCCCAGUCCAUCAUUCAUUCCCACUGCUUUUCAGGAGUCUCUGUUGCUAUGCAGUGCAAACAUCCACACGGGGAUGCACUGCUCUGGGAAGCCUUCCUGCUUCUCCUGGCCCAGCACCACCAGCCCACUCUUCCUUAUGAGGCUCCGGAGGAUGUCCAUGUCCCGAGUCACACUGCUGUCAGAGAGAUCGAGGAUACAGCCCUCACGGGCCACAUUGUCCUUCAGUAUGAUGACUCCAUUUUCUUUCAGGCCAUCUCGGCACCGGGAAAGAAAUGCAAGAAGGUCCUUAUCAGUCAGGUGCCCUACAAAGAGGACCAAGUGGAUGGGGGAAUAGGAUGAAAUAGAGAGGAUGGAAGGUAGUUCUGGGCUUUAAGGAGGAAGGAUUCCAUCAUAUCCACCAGCUCCACACUGUUGAAAACAGGCAGUAAGACGUGUUUGCUGACCCUUCCUAUCCCAGAGCCGCAGUCCAAGGCACAGUCUGUUCCAGCUCUCCCAGGCCCCUGCAGAAAGGCACCUUGAUACUUCAAGUGCAGAGACCCAUCUUUGAAACUUGCACACCCUAGUUACCUCUUUAAAUCAACUUUAUUAGGCUCUGGACUCACACACUGGGUGCUCCAGGAAGAUUGGAUUUGAAGUGAACUUCACGUCAACACGAGAGAUACUGAUGUUUUGCUACUAAUUCAGGGAAUCAAUAAGUCAAUCCAAGAUUCCAAAGGGCAUGAUCUCUCAUCAAUCAUGAAAGUUAAAGGAGGGAAUAUCGAUGUACAUCCAUCAGAAAAAGCACUCAUUGUUCAAUAUGAAGUGGAAGCUACCAUUCUUGGAGAAAUGGGAGAUCCCAUGUUGGGAGAACGAAAAGAAUGUCAAAAAAUCAUUCGACUUAAGAGUCUCAAUGCCAACACAGAUAUAAUUUCCCUGGCAAGGAAGGUGGUUGAAGAAUGUAAACUCAUUCAUCCCUCAAAACUAAAUGAGGUAGAACAACUAUUGUACUAUCUACAGAACCGCCGUGACUCAUUGUCAGGAAAAGAGAAAAAAGAAAAAUCAAGCAAGCCUAAAGAUCCACCUCCUUUUGAAGGAAUGGAGAUUGAUGAAGUUGCCAACAUUAAUGAUAUGGAUGAAUAUAUUGAGUUACUAUAUGAAGAUAUUCCUGAUAAGGUUCGGGGUUCUGCUUUGAUCCUGCAGCUUGCUCGAAAUCCUGAUAACUUGGAAGAACUACUACUGAAUGAAACUGCCCUUGGUGCAUUAGCAAGGGUCCUGAGAGAAGACUGGAAACAAAGUGUUGAGUUAGCUACGAACAUAAUUUACAUCUUUUUUUGCUUUUCCAGCUUUUCUCAGUUUCAUGGACUUAUUACUCACUAUAAAAUUGGAGCCCUGUGUAUGAAUAUUAUUGAUCAUGAGUUAAAAAGACACGAGCUUUGGCAAGAAGAACUUUCAAAGAAGAAGAAAGCUGUUGAUGAAGACCCUGAAAACCAAACCUUGAGAAAGGAUUAUGAAAAAACUUUUAAAAAGUACCAGGGGCUUGUGGUAAAACAGGAACAGCUAUUACGAGUUGCUCUUUAUUUGCUUCUGAAUCUUGCUGAGGAUACUCGUACUGAACUGAAAAUGAGGAACAAGAACAUAGUUCAUAUGUUGGUGAAGGCUCUUGAUCGGGACAAUUUUGAGCUGCUCAUUCUAGUUGUGUCAUUCUUGAAGAAACUCAGCAUUUUCAUGGAGAAUAAAAAUGAUAUGGUGGAAAUGGAUAUUGUUGAAAAACUGGUGAAAAUGAUACCUUGUGAGCAUGAAGAUCUGCUGAAUAUCACCCUCCGACUUUUACUAAAUCUAUCCUUUGACACAGGACUGAGGAAUAAGAUGGUACAAGUUGGACUGCUUCCCAAGCUCACUGCACUCUUAGGCAAUGACAACUACAAACAAAUAGCAAUGUGUGUUCUUUACCACAUAAGCAUGGAUGACCGCUUUAAAUCAAUGUUUGCAUAUACUGACUGUAUACCACAGUUAAUGAAGAUGCUAUUUGAAUGUUCAGAUGAACGAAUUGACUUGGAACUCAUUUCUUUCUGCAUUAAUCUUGCUGCUAACAAAAGGAAUGUACAGCUUAUCUGUGAAGGAAAUGGGCUGAAGAUGCUCAUGAAGAGGGCACUGAAAUUUAAGGAUCCAUUGCUGAUGAAAAUGAUAAGAAACAUUUCUCAGCAUGAUGGACCAACUAAAAAUUUGUUUAUUGAUUAUGUUGGGGACCUUGCAGCCCAGAUCUCUAAUGAUGAAGAAGAGGAGUUUGUGAUUGAAUGUUUGGGAACUCUUGCAAACUUGACCAUUCCAGACUUAGACUGGGAAUUGGUUCUUAAAGAAUAUAAGUUAGUUCCAUACCUCAAGGAUAAACUAAAACCAGGUGCUGCAGAAGAUGACCUUGUUUUAGAAGUGGUUAUAAUGAUUGGAACUGUAUCCAUGGAUGACUCUUGUGCUGCAUUGCUAGCCAAAUCUGGGAUAAUCCCUGCACUCAUUGAAUUGCUAAAUGCUCAACAAGAAGAUGAUGAAUUUGUAUGUCAGAUAAUUUAUGUCUUCUACCAAAUGGUUUUCCACCAAGCCACAAGAGACGUCAUAAUCAAGGAAACACAGGCUCCGGCAUAUCUCAUAGACCUGAUGCAUGAUAAGAAUAAUGAAAUUCGAAAGGUCUGUGAUAAUACAUUAGAUAUUAUAGCGGAAUAUGAUGAAGAAUGGGCUAAGAAAAUUCAGAGUGAAAAGUUUCGCUGGCAUAACUCUCAGUGGCUGGAGAUGGUAGAGAGUCGUCAGAUGGAUGAGAGUGAGCAGUACUUGUAUGGUGACGAUCGAAUUGAGCCAUACAUUCAUGAAGGAGAUAUUCUUGAAAGACCUGACCUUUUCUACAACUCAGAUGGAUUAAUUGCCUCUGAAGGAGCCAUAAGUCCCGAUUUCUUCAAUGAUUACCACCUUCAAAAUGGAGAUGUUGUUGGACAACAUUCAUUUCCUGGCAGCCUUGGAAUGGAUGGCUUCAGCCAACCAGUUGGCAUUCUUGGACGCCCUGUCACAGCAUAUGGAUUCCGCCCUGAUGAACCUUACUACUAUGUCUAUGGAUCUUGAUAAAGUAUCCGUUUCCAUGCAUAAUCUCCGCUUAGAAGAAAUCUGUGUGGGUUGUGUUAAUUUGGGAUCUUUGCCUAAUAAUGCAUGUUGAUGUUAUUGUGCGUCUGUGUUUCUUUUUAUUUUUAUAUGUCGUUAGCUGCAGAUUAGCCCCAGCCCCUUCUGUCUUCUGUUAAGUACAGUUGAUACACUGUUCACUCAUCAAAUCACAUCUUGAUGCUGAGUAACAUUUCCCAUGAGCCUGAAAACUGAAUGUUGAAAAGCUACUAGACUGGAAAACAAACACUGCAUUAUGUACAUUAAGUGACUAAUUUAAUUUCUAUUAAAAAGCAUAAAGUGAAAA